GAAAACACUGAUCAUAGAUAACCUACAUUUGAACUAAUGUACAGCUGCGGCAACCUGCCCAUGGUGCAUUGUCUUCUUAGCACAAACAUACGUGAUCCAGGACAUGCCAAACUUAACUAACAGAAUCUGAAGUUAAAUACCAGUUGAAUGCUGGGAAAAUAUAUACAAUACUAUCUAUUUUACUCUGUCGUAACAACUUCCUUCCCCAUAGAGACAUUUUUUGCCACUGUAACUCAAACCUGCAGCACCACAAAUAACAACAAUAAACUUCAAUGCCUUUCCUCCCCCCCAGGCCUUUGACUUCCAUGCUCACAGCUGGCACUGUGCAAGAGAAGAAAGCUCAGAAUCGUUUGCUGGACGCAGAGGGACCCUUAUGCUUUGUCAUAUACUGGGUCAAGCUCUGUGCAGUGGCCUCAGUUCAUUCUGGGACAACACAACAUGCUAACAAAAGCUGCACACAAAAGGACGUGGUUCAGUUAUAAAAGCUUUAAGGGAAGGGCACGCAGUCCCAGCUUCACUUAUCCCAGGACCAAGAGACUGUCUAUGCUUUUACUACACUCAUGUCUUCAUCCGUUCGUGUCGGCAAUAUGGCUCAAAUCUGGGGUGCAGUGUUUCUCACCCUGACUUUUACAAUCCAAGGCACACUGCCCCAAAGGAUCAUUGGGGGCCAAGAAGUCGUGCCUCACUCCAUCAAAUUCCAGGCCUCUCUUCAAUACGACAGACAGCACUACUGUGGAGGAACUCUCAUUCACCAACAGUGGGUGGUGUCUGCUGCCCACUGCUGGAGACCGAGCAAUGUCAUUCAGGUGGUUUUGAGUGAGCACAACCUGGCUGUCGAGGACGGGUAUGAGCAAGUAUACAAUGUUUCCAGAAUCGUACUCAAUCCUACCUACAACUCUAAAACCUAUAAUGGUGACAUCAUGCUCCUCAAGCUGAGUCGUCCAGCCUUAUUGAACGCUUAUGUGCAGCCGGCUCCUCUCCCGGACGCGGACACAGCUUCUCUGGACUCCAGCACCAGCUGCACUGUGUCUGGCUGGGGGGUCACGCGCAUCUACAGCUUCUACCUGUCACCAGUGCUGCGAGCCGUGGAUGUGGACUUCAUUCCCAACUGCCAGAUGUACUAUAGCGUGAGGGUCAAUGACAACAUGAUCUGUGCGGGCUCUCGCUUUGGAGGCAAAGACUCCUGCCAGGGUGACUCAGGUGGACCCCUGAUAUGCAAUGGCAAUCUGGAAGGCAUUGUGUCCUGGGGAAUAGGCUGUGCCAAUCCCUACUACCCGGGCGUCUACACCAGAGUGAGGAGCUACAUCAAGUGGAUCAGUGGAUUCAUCAACUUAAACGACCCCUAACCCUGAGAAAAGAAGUGAAGGAAUGGGGGGCUAAUUGACCUAUCCAUGCCCCGCCCAAAUGCAUUUUUUAUCAUAGAUACUGUUGCCAGGUCAGACAAGCUUUACAGAAUGCAGGCAAAAAUUCCAUUUAACACAGUGAGAGACUGUAGCACACAACCCAAUUUUUGUUAAAACACUCAAGUCCAAAAUGUCUGCAUAAUUUAAUCCUUAAGAUGUAAACAAAGUCAUUCACACUGUCUCUCUGUUCUAGAGUGAGCAAAAUGAGUCAGAUGAGUCAGAAUUGUUGGCGGAUCCUUUGAAUAACAAAGUUGUUAAGGAGCUGUUCUCUUUUAUAUAAGACUGUUGCUACAUGCCAGAUGACACUGCUGCACCCUGAAUUGACCAGCAAACCUACCAAAAAACUAGCACGCUUUGUCAAGAGAGGUAGUUAAAUUGCUUUGACAGAAGUAGCUACAGUUUGAGCAGUUGCUGUUGGCAUAUAAUAGCGUUGAAGCUUAAUGAUAGAUUGUAGCAUGUAUGUAGAAAUUAAAAGUAAAAAUUCACGAUUCAGAGGAUCUAGCAACAUUUAGGAGAAUGUAUUGACUUGACAUUUUUGUUUACCACAAAAUGCAUUUAUUUUUGCCAUAAAGGAACCAGCUUAGAACCGGACUUCCUAAUGUGAACAUGAUAUCAAGUACCAAAUGACGACAGGACUUCAGAGGUCUAGAACGCGUUUGUGGGCGGAGCAUGGACUAGUGAAUUGAGACUAAUUGGUAGACUGAUUUUAUGGGGUCCAAAAUUAAGUUUAUAUAGAAAAUUUGCUAACAUUCAUAGCACUGGCGGUUAUGCAGGCAAAACACGUAUCAGCUUCAUGUUUGCUUGGUUUACCAUGGUAAUAUAAUUUGAAUUGGUAAAGAUUUUCUUCCAAAAGCCAUCAAUUUGUAGAGAAACCUUUGAUGUCUAUAUAUAUAUAUAUAU